AUUGGUGGAAUUUGAAAUAUGAGCGACGGUUUGGGUGACGGGGCGGCACGAAUAAACACAGCCGCGGAGUUUAAACCAAUAUAAUACACAUUAUCCACUCACAGCCCUAGCAGUAUGAUGGAGUCAGGGCUAAAGGAUGAUACGGCAAGACUAGAAACGAUAGCCGUGGAAGAUUUAAGAAGAAAUCUGUCCUCAGAUUUCAGUGAUUGUUCAGAUUUCCAGGACCCGUCUGACCUGGAGAAGGAACACCUGAAGGUGUAUCUUAGGAUAAGACCAUUUUCAUCAUCUGAGAUUGAGAAUGGAGAAUCACAGGACUGUGUGGCCAUUCAGCCUCCAGAGACUGUGCUUCUCAAAGCUCCACGAUCAUCUCUUUCUGCCAGGCUCAGUGAUAAAUCAGUGCCAGUUACAGCCCAACGUUUCCAGUUCUCUCAGGUUUAUGGUCCAGACACUACCCAGAAGGAGAUGUUUGAUGGCACAGUGAAGGGUCUUGUGAGGGAUGUGCUAGAGGGACAGAACUCUCUGGUCUUUACAUACGGUAUCACCAAUGCAGGGAAGACCUUCACUUUUUUAGGUUCGGAUACUGAUCCAGGCAUCUUGCCUCGUUCCCUCAACAUGAUCUUCAGUAGUCUGGAUGGUCGCAUCUUCACCCAGAUGUGCCUAAAACCACAGAGGUGCCGGGAUUUCAUCCGGCUCACCAAAGAUCAGCAAAUUGAGGAAGCAGCUGGCAAACGCAACCUGCUAAAGCUUUUUAAAGAGACUGAUGCACAGAAGAGUACAUCUUGCCAUAGCUCAAAGUCUGAUCUUGAAGAUGGUUCCACUCUAAGUGAUAUAAGCUCUGCAGUGAAUGAGAGGAGCUUAGCUGUGGAUCUGGAUAUACACACCAAGUUUUCUAUUUGGGUCUCAUUUUGUGAGAUCUACAAUGAGAACAUCCACGACUUGCUAGAACAGCAUUCAAACAGUGCUUCAAGGAGAACCAACCUCCGUCUUUGUCAGGAUGUCAAAGGAAACUCAUUCAUCAAAGAUCUGAGAUGGGUGCAGGUGAGCAGUGCUGAUGAAGCCUUAAAAGUGAUGAAACUGGGCAAAAGGAACCAGAGCAUCUCCAGCACUAAACUCAACCUGCUCUCCAGCAGGAGCCACAGUAUUUUCUCCAUCCGGAUCUUGAAGGUGGAAGAUGUAGGAAUACCCAGAGUGGAGUCAGUUAGCGAGCUGGCGCUGUGUGAUCUGGCCGGAUCGGAGCGAUGUGCUAAAACACAAAAUAUAGGUGAACGGCUGAAAGAGGCAGGAAACAUCAACACCUCUCUACUCAGUCUGGGAAAAUGCAUCAAUGCACUCCGAAAUAACCAGCAGGCAAGACAGCACGUUCCAUUCAGAGAGAGUAAACUCACUCACUAUCUGCAGGGAUACUUUACCGGCCGGAGCAAAGCCUGUAUGAUUGUAAACAUUAACCAGUGUGCCUCCAUGUAUGAUGAGACGCUCAACGUGCUUAAGUUCUCUGCUGUAGCUCAAAAGGUGGUGGUUCUCACCACUAAGAGCGUUCCAGUGGUGGUGAAAAGGAGUGCCAGAGAGGUUUCCUUCAUUAUCAACAACGUUGAUCGACGAGAAAUGCGGCGCAGCUCGCUGGUGCGAUGGGAUCCCAGCCUUGAUGAUGUUCAGGAAGAUUCUGACACUGAGGAGGAUGAAGAGGACAGUGAAAUGGAGGACACCAUUCUGGAUGCUGAGGAAGAGGGGAAAGAGACUGUGCUGCUCGAUAGAGGGGUUUAUGAGGCCCAGCUGCAGUUUAUAGAGGAGAUUCAGCAGCAGUUGAGGAAGGAGAAAGCUGAACACUUAGCUCUCGAGGCACGUGUUCGAGAUGAAGUUACAAAAGAAUUCUCUGAGCUGAUUUCGCAGAUGCAUGAAGAUUACAGUGAGCGCAUAUCUAGAGAGAGGGAACUGAUUGAGGAACGCUGUGAAAGGAGACUGGAGAUUCUUAAAAACCUGGUGGGAAAAACAGCUGUGGAGGACGACAGCAUGAAUUUGGCUGCGACCAAAUCAGAGGAAGAAAAUCAUGUCUUUCUAGACAGCAUUCUUGACUCUAUGAGCAGUAACCUGGCUGGAAUCAAACAGGAUGCCCAGACUGCCCAGUCCUGCUUGGUGACCUCUGAUCCUGAAGUCUCCGUGACACUGCUAGACCUUGAGAAAAAGGUCACAGAUCUUUCAGAACUGCUCCGUGAAACUCAGAAUAAGCUGUCACUCAAGACAGAGGAGCUGGAAACCCAGAGCAGACUGUCAGAUGAACUGGAGGAGGUGAAGAAGGUUCUGGAGAGCCACAAGCAAAGGGAAUGGGAGCUGAGUGAAAUGUGCAGACAAAAGGACGAGAUGGUUUCCAAACUCCAGACAGCUCUUGACCAACAUGUAGAAAACACAGCUCAGGAUAGGAAUCAAAUUGACUCCAUCAAAAAGGAGAUCAUCCAGUUUAAAUGCGAUUGUGCCUGCUCAGUGCAACAGCCUGACACCCGGACUGAAACCAGAAAGCGGUGUCAGGAAAGGGAGGAGCUUGAUGGACAGCCCCCUCUCAAGAAAGGUCUUCUGGGGGACUCAAAAGAUCAAGAUGAUGUUCCAGAUAAUGGAUGUCAAGACUCCGCCCAUCUUGAGGUCAAAGGUCAGCUGGAGUGUUGCCUUGCUGAAUCCAAACAAAAAGACAAGCAGAUCACAGAUCUAGAGCAGGAGUGCCACACUUUAAAGAUUUACAUUCAGGAUCUGAAGUCUAAACUAGAAGAAAGAGUUUCACAGGAACAAAUUCUGCUAGAGAAGGUGCAUCAGACAUCCUUGGAAACUAAAUCAUUGGUAACGGCAGUGGAUUGCAGCAACUUGAAGGUAGAAGCUGUGUCCAAUUAUAGCAACACUACAGAUCAUUUAAAAGUUUCUUCUCUAGAACUGGCUGCUGCCAAAUCACUAAUGGCUAAGCAAGACUACGAAAUGGGAGAGAAGAACAAACACAUCUUGACUCUUGAACAGGAAAUUACACUACUGCACCGGGAAGCAGAAACCUCCAGAAACACAUUAGCUGACUAUGAUGACCUCAAAAAAGCCCACUCUGACCUGCAGACUGAGGUGACAACCCUUCGUGGGAUCAAAGCUGAGCUAGAAGAGAAGGUCAGAUGCCUUGAGAAUGAGAAGAAAGAGAGAAACACAGCACAACUGUCUAAAGAGGAGGGACUUGAAGACAGAGAGGUUGGGCUGACAAACCCUAACACUCUUGAAUCUAAAAACAGGGAGACCCAGAGCUCUGAAAAGGAAGCUGAACUGGCACAGAGGGAGAAUGCCUUAGCAUCAAAGGAGGCUCAGCUCUUAGUGCUUCAGAAGAAGCUGAAGGAAGCGCAGGAGUGUCUGGAGGAGGAGGAGACACAAGCUGUGCAGGAGGUGCGCAGGAGGGAAGCGGAGAGGAGGAGAGAGCUGCUGGCUGUGGCAGAGGAGGCCAUCGCUCAGAAGGAUGAAGAGCUACAGAAGAGACAAGAAGAGAUCAACCGGUUAAAGGAGGAGAUUAAAACUAGUGAGUGUAAGUUGAACAGUUUGGCUGUUGAUCUGCGCAGAAGGGAAGAUGAUUCAUCUGAUCUUCGGGAAAAACUCGGUGACUCAAAGAAACAGAUUCAGCAGGUUCAGAAAGAGAUCUCCUCCAUGCGGGAAUCUGAGAAAUCUCUACGAAUGAAGCUCGGUGAUCUAGAAAAGACUAAAGCACAGCUCCAGAAUGAGAUCGCUAACAGGGACCGCGCCAUCAACCAGCUGAAAGCUGAACGGUCUUCUGAAUCGAAGUCAGAUGAGAAUCUGCUGCUGUAUCAGAAAGCAUGUAAAGAUUUGCAGGUCCGCGAGCGUGUUAUUGAAGACAUGCGUUUGGCUCUGACAGAACAGGAGGAAACACAGGCAGAGCUGGACCUGGAGCUGGACAACAGAGAGGCUCAGAUAAAUGAGCUCACUCAGGAAUUGAUGAGGUUGAGAGAUUGCAACCUGAACAGAAGAACAGAAGAGAUUCCAGAUCAAUCUCUGAUGACGUUUUUCAGGCCAGACAACAGAUCACUCAGGCCCAGGAGAGCUUAAAGCUGGCCAAUGAAAAGCACCAGGCAGAGCGUAAGAAGUGGAUGGAGGAUAAGUUGGUUCUGAUUGGUCAGGCUAAAGAGGCUGAGGAAAGAAGGAACCAGGAUAUGAGGCGAUAUGCCGAUGAUCGAGAACGGCAUGCUCGCC